AUGCCGGUCCGCCCGGCCACCAGGUCCGAUAUACCUGCGAUGGCGGAGAUAUACGCUGCAGCGUUCCAGAACGACUCAUUGUUCCGGUUGCUAUUCCCUCACUCAGAGCAGCACCCAGACGAUUUUGUAGAGGCUGCCAGAGAGAGGCUUUCGCUGGCAUGGUACGACUUCGGCCAAAUCCUUAUGGUGUCGUAUCAGGCCAGCCCAGGAGAUAUGGGACAAGAUCAGGAUGAAGGAAGCGCCUUGCUGGCCAGUGGAGCACCGAAACAGAUUGGAAGCGAGAUGGUCACGGGCUUCGCGCUGUGGGAGCGGGUGGGAAAAGGAUGGGAGCAUGUACAUGGGGCUUGGGGACGGUGGGACCCUCGUGAGUCUCGUAUCUUUCCCACUGACAAAGCAUGUCCUCUGAGCUCUUCCAUUCCAGGUCUCUUGAUCAAACCUACCGUGUCGACGUUCUACAGCGUGCGACGAUAUUUCUGGCCCAACAAAGCGGCAGUUCAGCCAACGGCAAAAGAUCCCGACCCUUUGACUCUUUGGAACUUCGUGCCUCGCAUACUCCCCUUCUGCGCUCACUUUUUCAGUGCGCCGCAUCGCCAGAUACGCUGGUCAUUGGAGGUUCUCACUGUGCACCCCAGCCAUCAGGGUAAAGGGUAUGGUCGAGAGCUCGUCGAGGAUGGACUGUUGAGAGCGAAGAAAGACCCGUCAGGGGACCUUCCCGUCUGCGUGGUCGCGGCGCAUCGCAAGGAAGAGUUCUACCGCAAGGUCGGAUUCAAUGAGAUAGUAGGGUAUACGACCAAGACUGCCGACAAGGAUGGCAAGAAAAAUCCGUUGGGCCAGAAUAAUGUCGAGGGCGGAGCAGUGCUGUGGACGAAGUAA